GAGCAACUCGCGGCCGCUCCAGCGCGAGUCGAAGGACGGUAGAAGUCGUUAAGUCUUUAACGAGGGGAGGGUCCCUGGAACCCCCUUACGCAAGCUUUGUACUUUGGAUUAUCUCAUGCCUGCGAGCCCAGACACGCAGGGACUUGGCCACAAGCAUAAACGCAUCUUGGGCUGAGAAUGCGUCGGGGCUCUAAUUAUUGCUUCGCACGAGGCCGAAGAUCCCAAUGCACGCCAGCCGCUCUAAGCGCGGUGGCGGACUUUCUGGGAGCCGUGUAUGCGGCAGCGUUUUCACCUGCCACGGAGAUGGAAGGGUUCGCAAGCGAGCCGUGGUGCAUCCCAAGAGCCGAGAAAGCAUAGCAAAAAACCCAACAGCCAGAAGGCAGAGGAUCUCGCACGGCAGGAGGUUGGACUGCAGGAGGAUGCGAUCAAGCAGGUGUUCUGCAAUAGCGAGGUCGGUGACAAGGUGCUCUCCGCAGACGAGAUGGAGGCUUUGCCCAUGGUCGGCCGCAAACCCUGGCCCAAGAGCAAGGCCAAGUCAGGCAAGAACAAGCAGGACAGAAGACCAGAACCAGAUGGGAACGCUGCUAGUCGGGCAAUGAAGCUGCCAAUGUCUCCAGACCCAUCCAUGCUCAAGUUUGACAAGAAAGACUCUAAAGACAAUACGCUUGUCACUUGGCUGCCAUACUUAUCAAUAGAUGUAGUCUUCAAUAACGAGAACGUGUAUGCGAAUCAUCAGAACCACAAUCCCGCGUUCAUUUCUUACGACCGGCGGAUUUCACCGACACCAGGCCAGCCGAGGUACCCAAGUCUAAGUGGCAUCCGAAGUGGAUGCGCUUUAUUGGAGAAGAAGAACCUGAAGAGGUUAAACCUGUCACACCCUCCGUGAAGCUUCUACCA